GGGGCGGCGGCCAGCUGCCGGGGCCCGCAGCCUCCCAUCCCCCGGCCCGCCCCCCCCCCGCCGAGGGCUGCCUCACAGUAGACCAUGAGCAGGUAAUGCACAAGGAGCACCACUGGGAAUCAUGUCGGACGAGUCAAUCUCAGGGAGUGAUCCGGACCUGGACCCGGACUUGGAGCAGGAGGAUAUGGAAGAGGAGGAGGAGGAAGAUGAAGAGGAGGCAGCGAUGGAGGAGGACAACGAUGGGGAUGACGAGGAAGACUUACUUGAUGAGAGUGACCAACCCCAAGAAGCCGUGUUCAGCAGUGACCAUGUUGAACAUGCGGAGGAUGGAGAAUGGCAGCGCUCUACUUCAACUACCUCAUCUCAGAGUGAGCGGGCAGAGCAACUCUUGCAGAACCAGCACAAGAGCCUGGCCUCUGAGGACACCAAAAAGAAGAGGGCUCAGAAACCCUCUCACAUGCGGAGGAACAUAAGAAAGCUGUUGCGUGAGGACCAACUAGAAGCCGUGACAAAAGCAGCCCAGCAGGAAGAGUUGGAGAGAAGGAAGCGGCUAGAGCAGCAGCGGAAGGAUUACCCAGCCACUAUCCCAACCGUACCCCUAGAGUUUCUUCCUGAAGACAUCGUUUUCAGAACAACAGAAGCUACCCAGCUCCCCCCUCAGGUCCUUGCUGAGGAAGUGAUCUGUCUCGAUAGUACCAGCAGUGGCAGUGAAGAUGAUGCUAAAGGAAAAAAUAACAUUAAAGAUGAAGUGAUUGAGCUGAGUUCGGGAGAGGACGAUGCCCUCCAAAUCGUGGACAGCAGUGACUCUGGCAAUGAAGGGGAGGAAGAUGGCAGCGAAGAGAGCAGUGGCUCUCAUGUGAAUGAUGCCUUAAAUCAGUCCGAUGCUUUGGGGCAGGUCAUUGUCAACAUCAACCAUCCACCAAACGAGGAGGACAUUUUCCUGGCUCCCCAGCUUGCACAUGCAGUAAAACCUCAUCAGAUUGGUGGGAUCCGAUUCCUGUAUGACAACUUGGUCGAGUCCUUGGAGAGAUUUAAAACCAGCAGUGGGUUUGGGUGUAUUUUAGCACAUAGCAUGGGCCUGGGCAAGACCAUACAGGUCAUCUCUUUCUUGGAUGUACUUUUUCGGCACACAGAGGCAAAGACUGUUCUUGCCAUUGUACCUGUGAACACGCUCCAAAACUGGCUAGCAGAAUUCAACAUGUGGCUCCCAGCACCUGAAAACCUUCCUGCUGAUUAUAACUCCAAAGAGGUCCAGCCCCGCACCUUCAAAGUCCACAUCCUGAAUGAUGAACACAAAACAACAGCUGCACGUGCAAAGGUGGUGAAUGACUGGGUGAUAGAGGGUGGUGUGCUGCUGAUGGGAUAUGAGAUGUACCGUCUCCUCUCACUGAAGAAGUCCUUUGCCACUGGCAGGAAGAAGAAAACAAAGAAGCAAACUGGCCCUGUCAUUAUUGACUUGGAUGAGGAAGACCGGCAGCAAGAGCUUCUGAAAGGGAUUGAGAAAGCUUUGUCUCGCCCUGGCCCAGAUGUCGUGAUUUGUGAUGAGGGACACAGAAUAAAGAACUGCCAUGCCAGCACUUCGCAGGCCUUGAAGAAUAUCCGCUCCCGCCGGCGGGUGGUGCUGACUGGCUACCCACUCCAGAACAACCUCAUCGAGUACUGGUGUAUGGUAGACUUUGUCCGGCCUGACUUUCUGGGCUCGAGGCAGGAAUUCAGCAACAUGUUUGAGCGCCCCAUCCUGAACGGGCAGUGUAUUGACAGCACCCCUCAAGAUGUCCGUCUCAUGAGGUAUCGCAGUCACGUCCUGCAUAGCCUGCUGGAGGGCUUUGUGCAGCGGCGAGGUCACAAUGUGCUGAAGGUUCAACUCCCCUCUAAGGAAGAACAUGUCAUUUUGGUACGUCUAUCAAAGAUCCAGCGGGCCCUUUAUACGGAGUUCAUGAGCCGGUUCCGCGAUGCAGGCAACAGUGGCUGGCUGGGACUGAACCCACUCAAAGCUUUCUGUGUCUGUUGUAAGAUCUGGAACCAUCCUGAUGUGUUAUAUGAAGCUCUGCAAAAGGAGAAUCUAGCAAAUGAGCAGGAUUUGGAUGUGGAUGACCUUGGCACAGCAAGUACUAAUUCCCGCUGCCAGCCUCAGGGAAUUAAAGUCAAAACAGAGAGUAAUGCUUUGGCAUCACCGGUUGGAGAAGCUACCAACAGCAAGUUCCUCCAGAGCGUUGGCUUCAACCCCUUUCAGGAGAGAGCAAAUCAGGUCGUUACUUAUGAGUGGGCCAAAGACAUCUUGUGUGAUUACCAGACGGGUGUCUUGGAGAACUCACCCAAGAUGGUGUUACUGUUCCACCUCAUUGAGGAAAGUGUGAAGCUUGGAGACAAGAUUUUGGUCUUCAGCCAGAGCUUGUCCACUUUAUCUGUCAUUGAAGAGUUUUUGGCGAAGAGACCAAUGCCAAGUCCUCCAGGCUCAGAUGGAGGAGUUCACAACUGGGUCCGAAACAUCAACUAUUACAGACUGGAUGGCAGCACCUCUGCCUCAGAAAGGGAGCGACUGAUUAACCAGUUCAAUGACCCCAGUAACACUUCUGUGUGGCUUUUCCUUUUGUCCACGCGUGCUGGAUGUUUGGGUGUCAACCUCAUUGGAGCAAACAGGGUGGUGGUGUUUGAUGCUUCUUGGAACCCAUGCCACGACGCCCAGGCUGUGUGCCGAGUGUACCGCUACGGGCAGAAGAAGCCAUGCCACAUUUACAGACUGGUGUCUGACUAUACCCUUGAGAAGAAGAUCUAUGAUCGUCAGAUCUCCAAGCAGGGCAUGUCAGAUCGGGUGGUGGAUGAUCUGAACCCAGUGCUGAACUUUACCCGACGGGAGGUAGAGAACCUGCUGCAUUUUGUGGAAGAGGAAUCUGACCCUGCUCAGCUCUCCCUCAAUCCAAGCAAGAUGAAGGAGUCAGUUCUACAAUUAGCCUGUCUCAAGUAUCCUCACCUCAUCACCAAGGAGCCUUUUCAGCAUGAGUCACUGCUGAUUGACCGGAAGGAGCACAAGCUGACCAAGGCAGAGAAGAAAGCAGCCAAGAAGAGCUACGAGGAGGAAAAGCGAGCAUCCGUCCCCUACACCCGGCCGUCCUACGCACAGUAUUACCCAGCCAGUGACCAGAGUCUGACGAGCAUCCCUGCCUUUAGCCAGAGGAACUGGCGACCAGCCCUCAAGGGUGAGGACAAGCCAGUGGCAAGCGUCCGCCCAGUUCAAUCUACCCCCAUUCCUAUGAUGCCCCGUCACGUUCCCAUGGGCAGUGCGGGAUCAACCUCAAGUUCCAACCCUGCUGUCAACUUCCCCAUCAACUAUCUACAGCGAGCUGGUGUCCUGGUGCAGAAGAUUGUCACCACCACAGAUAUCGUGAUUCCGGGUACAAAUACAUCCACUGAUGUACAGGCAAGAAUCAGUGCUGGUGAGAGCAUCCACAUUAUCCGAGGGACGAAAGGGACGUACAUCCGGACCAGCGAUGGGCGGAUUUUUGCUAUCCGGACCACUGGGAAGCCAAAGGGCAACGAAGAUCGUCGGACAGCUGCCUCAGGCUCCCAGAGCUCCUCGCUGGAGUCCGCGAGCAACGGCAGUCACAGUGCCUCAUCACCGCAGCUCCCCAGCGCGGAGGAGCUCACUCGGCCCAUAUCCCCCGACAGCCCCGAGAUCAUCAGCGAGCUGCAGCAGUACGCAGAGGCAGCGGCAGCCCGGGAGUCCCGGCACAGCUCUCCCAGCACCAAUGCUGCGCAAGGCCACCCUGCCCGCACGGACAACGCGCCUGGCCUAGCAGCUCGAGGAGCCGAGCAGCGUGCUGGGAUUCACUGCAUGGCUCCCUCCGUGUCUUCAGCCUUGCCGGCCACCAGCCAGCACGCUGACGCCCACUCGGUGUUGGACUUACGGGGCAACAAGCGCAAGUCAAGCUCGCCGUCGGCUCCGGAGGAGCAAGCCCUCAGGCAGCAGAAAAAGCGCCAGUUGCCAUCAUCCGUGCAGCCGUAUGAACACGGGUACCCUGUCUCUGGAGUUGAAAACCGAGGGGUUCUGAGCAAACUGCUGGACAACUUGUCUUUGGAUGCACCAUGGAAAUAAAAAUCAAACCCCCCCACAAAAGUAACAAAGCAAAUUAUCUGAUGGUGUUCAUGCGAGUUUCUCCAAAGACUUGACAGUGCUGCAUCUGUGAGUCAUGCCCUCCUGUGCUCUGUGUGUCCGCCUCAUGCGCAAUCCCGUGACACUGAUUGUAUUGCGAGUUUGCCCAGAUGUCCGUUGCAUCCCUGUGAGGCUGUCAGAUUGCCGGUGGAGUUGGGAAGGGGUCAGAGGCGAGGGCUUUCCUUGUCCAGAAUAGCAAGGGGUGAGACCUGCGGGCUUGUGAGCAGGACCCGGAGGAGGCUGGGUGGGAGCAGACAGGCACCAGCCCCCUGCUGCAGCCCGGCUCCGCAGCGCUGGUCGGUAUAGCCAAGAUCCUCUGGGGGAAGCCUCCCGACGGGGCUUUUCUGCGGCCCCGUGCUGCGACAAGGCAUGGAGAUGUCCCUGGCACGCCUGUGGGUGCUGGAGGUGGCAGGAGCAGGCUGGGUGCCACCAGGUGGCUGCUCUGCUGGUGGCCUCCCUGUGACAAGCACCGGGCGCCCCGCUUGCCAAGUGCCUGCCACCAGCCCCCGCUGCCCAUCUGAGCAAGGCAGGGCCCCGCGCCCCUUCCUGCUCCCUGCCAGCCCACGGCACCCUUGUGGAGAGGGGACAGGUCCCCUGCACCCGUCAGAGCCUUGGCCGGGAGGUGGCUGCCACCCAGGCCAUGGGGCCCUGGGCUGCUCCUAGCUCUCCGUGGGCAGGCGUGGGGAUCAUCCAGGGCGUUCCUGCGUCAGGGGACCUCUCCGAGCCCUUGCAUCUCCUCUCCCAUGGGUCUCCUCUCCCCUCCCCAGCCUUCUCCCAUCCCUAACGUGUGGUUCUGCUGCAGAGGGUCCUGUCCCCUCAGGGGCUUUCCCCUCAUGGGUUAGAUCUUGCAUUUUUAUUUUAUUUUUUCUGCUGAAUUUCUGUCUCCAAAUGUCCGGCUGGAAGCAGCUGCCGGCGCGCAGCGGGGCUGCGGGUGGUGCUGGGCACAGCAGUGCAGGACACUCUGCCAAAGUUUUGUGGAAGCUGAGGAAGAGCCGGGGUGCCCCAGUCCCAGCAGGGAGGGGUUGGCCCCUGGACAGGGUGGGGUGGGGGCAACGCAGCCCAGAGCAGCCCACGCAGGGCAGGAUCUGCUGGGAUGCCGGGGGGGCGGAUACAGGUAGGCACAGGAAGGAAAACAGGGCAGCAAGCGCAGGGGGCUUCACUAGAAAUGACGUUACAUUUCGGCUUAACGAUGUCAGCGUACGGCUGAACCCAAGAAAACCGCUCUCGGUUGGUGGAUGGCCUCCAGGCUGAAAGGGCCGAGUACAGCAAACGCCUGGCGUUCCGGGCCGCGCUCAGAUGAAUUUUGUU